AUGUCGCUCCCUAUCACCCUUGAAUCAUCUAGCGUCAAGUCUGUGUUGGACGAUCAGACUCUAGAGGGAGAUGAGUAUAACCCUAAUUCUCAAACUCGGCCACACUCCAAUGGCUCCGGGAAGAAACAAGAGAAACCACCGAAGGAUCCACGGAAGGUCCAGGAAGCACGCUCUGGCCUCGGUCAAUCUACCGAAAAUACACACGCCAAGGAUGGGCGAGAAAUACUGCCCGAGGAUGUUGAGCGCGCAGUCCCCAAUGUUGUUCAUGGAAAUAGGGAUACUGGUGGUUUGCACCGCAACCAUUAA